AAGUAAGAGCUCCAGAUCACGUGAACGCGCCAGCCAGGAAGUGGCCUGUGCGCGCACUCAUCUCAUCUCACGGUGUAAUUUGUUCCAAACAAAGUCGGACUCGCUCAGCCCGCAGAGGCCCGAUGACUCCAACACACCGAGCAGCUCCUUCAUUGUUCUCUUUAGUUCUGAUCUGUGUAUAGUAUAUAGUAUAGUGAGCAGAGAUGGGCCCGGGAUAAACCAGAGAAUCUACCAGAGACACGGUGGACUGUCUGUCUGCGGGAAGCGGAGCAGCGGAGCAGCGGCCCGGUGGCCCGGGGCCGGGAAGGAGCUGAUCAGCCGGGGAGCAGCAGGACGAGUCUCCGGUCAUCGUGUGAUAGCAGCGGGAUCCACUUCUCACCGGACUCAAGCCCCUUAAGUCUCCGGUCCCCAUCCCUAACCAGCCUUCCUGAUUCUGUUCUGGGAGAAUUCAGACCAGUAUCAUCGCCAAGAUAGCCGGGCCAGGCAGGAAGAGGCACACCUCAGAUCCAGACCCCAGCAGCGGUAGUGAUUCCGGCGACGGGCGGCCUGUUAGUGCCAAGUGCCUGAAGAUGGCCAGCAGCGGUGGCGGCGGCGGCGUGGCCGGUACCGAGACGGUGGGCCGUCGUGGUGGGGCUCAGCAGAGAGGAGGCGGCGGCGGUAGGGACAACAGCUCAGACCUGUCCUCCAGUACCAGUAAGAAGAAGCAGAAGGACCGAGCCAACCAGGAGAGCAGAGAGGCCAAGAGGGCAGCCGCUGCAGCAGUAGACGGGGUCAUUGCAGAGGUCAAGAAAGACGUGUUUGUGGACUGGAAGCAGAAUGUCAAUGAGGUGACUGUCAGACUGCGCUGUGGGGAGGGGGUGCAGAGGAUAGAGGAUAUCAACACAUCCUUCACUGAUACUCACUGCCAUGUGUGCUUCCCUGAUGGACGGCAGUGGAGCUGCCAGUUGCAGGAGGAGAUCGAGGCGUCGUGUAGCAGAGUCCAGUACAAGGAGAAGGGAGGCUUCCUGCAUGUCAUCAUGCACAAGAAGAUUCCCUUUCACAUCUGGCCUUCGCUUAAGUCAAACAAGAAGGAGAAGGAGGCAGCACCUACAGAGACCAAAAAGGACAAGGAGCUGGACGUGAAGCCUGUCGCCUCGGAGUCAUUAGAGAAACCCAAACUGUCCUCCUCGCAGCCAAAACUCCAGCCCCAGCCACCCUCCUCACCUGCUGCACAUAGCGAGUCAAGACGCAGUGGUGGCAAAGCUGAGCGGGGGGUCAAGCGUGGCCUGAAAAACAAACCAGCAUGUGACAAGGUCACUACGGACUCUGCAGGGGCGAAAGGUGGAGCCGGAGACGGCUCGACCACCACCAGCAGCAGCAAGCCCGUCACAGUCACACACGGCGAGCCUCAGGAACCCAGCGCCAAGCGCACCAUCGUACAGCCGCCCACGACCGCCAAGGAGGCCACGUCACCGGCCGACAGGGACGCACACUCUGCAGAGUCUACGGCAGCCAGCGGUGAAGCUCCACACGCACACCCGCCUGCCGGUCGGAGCCCACCGACGCAGCGCACGGACGGAGACAACAGAGCAGAGAGACGAGGCAGCGGCCUGGAACAGAAACCAGCAGCUGCUGUUGUCGCCGCUGGCAACCAUACCGACAAAACUCAGGUGGCAGAGAAGCGAAACCAGUCUUCAGACGGGUCUGGAGCAACAGCACAUGGCAGCGAUAGCCAACCAGCAGCUCCCGUCAGCACCGGCGACCAGUGCCUCCUCGAACCCGUCGGCUUCAACGACCAAGGGGACUCUGCUGCUUCUCCAGAAACGCAGGGAGAUAGAACUGACUCUGAGCCAGAGAAACAGCCUGCUGAGCAGGAAUCGGAGCAGGAUACUCUGAUCCGCCAGCAGCUUGAAUCAAGAGAGGCAGAUUCAGUAUCAGCUGUUGGCCCGGCUGCCAAACGAGGCCCGUCACCCGGUCCGGCCCAGAGGCAGGUCAGCUGUGACGGAGAGGAGAAGCGGGACCAGUCGAAGGAGGAGCCUCCUCUGGAAAUGAAACCACAGGAAGUCCCAGAGCCGAUGGUCAACCUGCAGUUUGUGAAGAACGAUUCGUACGAGAAGGGCACGGACCUGAUGGUGGUUAAUGUUUACACGAAGGGGAUCUGCAGGGACACGGCCAGGGUCAUCUUCAGGGAACAGGACUUCACCCUCAUCUUCCAGACUAGUGAUACGAACUUUCUGCGGCUUCAUUCAGACUGUGGAUCAAACACAGUCUUCAAGUGGCAAGUCAAACUCAGGAACCUGAUCCAGCCCGAGCAGUGCAGCUACUCCUUCACCCCGUCCCGACUGGACAUCACCCUGAAGAAGAGGCACAGCCAGCGCUGGGGGGGUCUGGAGGCCCCCGCCACACAAGGUGCAGUGGGUGGCGCCAAGGUCGCUGUGCCCUCCAGCCCUUCCUGUAUGGAGAAGAGCCAGCCAGGCAGCAGCCAGCACAGCCUCCCAGCCAAGGAGGAGCCUCCGAGGGUUGGGGAGGAGAAACCCAAGCCCCCUAAGGCCUCAUCCAGAGUGGAGGACGGCGGUCUGGAUGCUGUGGCUCCUCGCCCCGUCUCUGAGCACGUUGCCAUCACCAAGCCAGAGCCCACUGUUAACACGCCUAAACCCACCUGCAUGGUGCAGCCCAUGACCCACGCACCUCCUGCCAGCAACGAGCGCCAUGAAGAAGAGGAGGAGAAGAAGGUGUGCCUGCCUGGUUUUACAGGAUUGGUCAACCUCGGCAACACCUGCUUCAUGAACAGUGUCAUCCAAUCCCUGUCCAACACCAGAGAACUCAGGGAUUACUUCCACGAUCGAGCAUUUGAGGCAGAAAUCAACUGCAAUAAUCCUCUGGGAACAGGAGGCAGGCUGGCCAUCGGCUUCGCCGUGCUGCUCAGGGCCCUUUGGAAAGGAACACACCAUGCUUUCCAACCCUCAAAACUCAAGGCAAUUGUGGCCAGUAAAGCCAGUCAGUUUACAGGUUAUGCCCAGCACGAUGCCCAGGAGUUCAUGGCUUUCUUGCUGGACGGGCUCCACGAGGACUUGAACCGCAUCCAGAACAAACCUUACACAGAGACGGUGGACUCUGAUGGACGGCUGGAUGAGGUGGUGGCUGAGGAGGCAUGGCAGAGGCACAAGAUGAGGAAUGAUUCCUUUAUAGUGGACCUCUUCCAAGGCCAGUUUAAAUCCAAGCUGGUCUGCCCCACAUGCUCCAAGGUAUCUAUCACCUUUGACCCUUUCCUCUACCUGCCUGUGCCCUUGCCCCAGAAACAAAAGGUGCUCUCAGUUUUCUACUUUGCGAAGGAGCCUCAUAAAAAACCCGUCAAGUUUUUGGUGAGUGUGAGCAAGGAGAACUCCAGCACUGCCGAGGUCCUCGAAUCCAUCUCCAGGAGUGUCAGGGUCAAACCGGAGAACCUCAGACUGUCAGAGGUGGGGAAGAACCGCUUCCAGCGCAUGUUCUUGUCGUCCCAUUCCCUGGACACGGUGUCCUCCUCUGACAUGUUGUUCUGCUUUGAGGUGCUUUCCAAAGACAUGGCCAAAGAGCGAGUGGUGUUACUCCGAGUGCAGCAGAGACUCCAGGUCCCUAACAUCCCCAUCUCAAAGUGUGCCGCCUGCCUGAAGCCUCCGGUGUCUGAGGAGGACAAGCUGAAGCGGUGCACUCGGUGCUACCGCGUGGGCUACUGCAAUCAAGUGUGUCAGAAGACCCACUGGCCCAAUCACAAGGGUAUGUGUCGACCCAACACUGAGAACGUGGGCCUGCCCUUCCUGGUCAGCGUGCCAGAGUCCCGUCUCUCCUACGCCCGUCUCACCCAGCUACUAGAGGGUUACUCCAGGUUUUCCGUCAACGUGUUCCAGCCUCCUUUCCAGUCAGGCAGGACAUCCCCCGAAACAUCCCAGUGCCGGGUUGACCUCCCCCCAAUGCCGGCAGGCUCUCAUGAGGGUCCGAGUCCAGGGGACGAGGCCGUGGGUGGUGGCGGUACUGUAGGAGCAGAUGAUCUGGAGCUGGAGAGUCCCUCUCUGCUGCCUGAAUCCCAAGCAGAGUAUGCUCAGGCCUCAGCCCUCCACUCCGGGGAGUCCGACUCCCUCGCCUCCUCCCAGACAUCGCUCUCCACCACGCAGACUGCAGAUUCAGGGUUUUCUGAGCCGGUCUCCUCCGCUUCCUGCUGCUCUCUGGACCCUCACGCUGAAAAGGAGACGUCCUGUGAGAAGGCGGUGCGGCCAGAGGCUGCAGUGACAGGGUAUCAGCAUCCAAGUGAAUCAGCAUCAGGUCACGCCAGCCAGUUCUACAUAGCUCUGCUGGACUCCAACAACAAGGAACAGAGGCUGGAUGAGAAAGAGGACCUCCUGGUGGACCUCCCUGAAGAUGGAUUCCUGGAGCUGGUGUGGAAAAACAACGAGCGUCUGAAAGAGUACGUCCUGGUGAGCUCCAAGGAGCUGGAGUAUGAGGAGGACCCCGGCUCUCUGAGUGAGACAGCCAGAGCGGGACACUUCACCCUGGAGCAGUGCCUCAACCUCUUCACAAAGCCAGAGGUGCUGGCACCAGAGGAGGCAUGGUACUGUCCAAAGUGCCAGCAGCACCGAGAGGCCUCCAAGCAACUGCUGCUGUGGCGUCUGCCCAACGUUCUGAUCAUCCAGCUCAAACGCUUCUCCUUCAGGAGCUUCAUCUGGAGGGACAAGAUCAACGACAUGGUUGACUUUCCUGUCAGGAAUCUGGAUCUCAGUAAGUUCUGCAUUGGCCAGAAGGAUGAGAUGCAACAACCCCCCAUCUACGACUUAUAUGCAGUCAUCAACCACUAUGGAGGGAUGAUAGGAGGCCACUACACAGCCUACGCUCGCCUGCCAAGUGACAAGAACAGCCAGCGCAGUGAUGUUGGCUGGCGUCUGUUUGACGACAGUACCGUGACAAUGGUGGAGGAGAGUCAGGUGGUGACACGCUACGCCUACGUCCUGUUCUACCGACGGCGAAACUCACCCGUGGAGAGGCCGCCGCGCUUCCUCAGGCCUGUAGGAGCCGAGUCGCCCACUGCUGCAGGAGCUACUGCCAGCCAGGCCUCUCUAAUAUGGCGGGAACUGGAGGAAGAAGAGGAGGGGCUCGACGAAGGCCCCCGUGGACUGUCACGCUCUGCGCUGCGGAGGCGUCAGGCGGCGAGGAACCGAGACGAGGAAGACGAAGACAGAAGCGAAGGGGCGGUGCGACGGCACCGCGGGCAGAGGAUGACGGACUAUCCCGACGACGACUGCGUGCGCUAUUUUGUUCUGGGCACGCUGGCGGCCGUGUUUGCUCUGUUGGUCAAUUUGGUCUACCCUCUUCUUUACAAGCAACUGGACCUGAGCAGAGGCUCGUUGGUCACAGAGCAGCCAGGAGAAUGAAUGUGAGGUUGGUCAAACAAACAGAGCUUAGACAGGAAACUCUGGAAGAGGCAGUUUAACUUUUAAUACUUCUCCACUCCUGUUGAAGAAGCCAGUCAGUCAUCCGUUGGUCUUCAGCAGGUAGAACGGUUCCACCAGCACUGCUACACUUGAAGUGUGUGUAGAACUUUACCUGGCUCAACCCAGCUAAACAGCAGAAACAUCCCGGUCAUCAUGAGAGAACCUGGUAGUUAAAGCUGCAGUAGAAUGACACUAUCAGCACACAGUGCCGCUACACUGACUGUAAACUAUUCACUACAUUGCCUCUAUGCAUCCUAUCGACUCUUGCUUCCAGUGGAUGGGUGCUUUUCAAACAGUUCUCAGAUGAUGAGCUCUGACAGCCUCACAGUUCAGGGGUUUCUCAGUGUGGUUGUACGAGGUCCUUCUCCAUAGUCAGCGUAUCACUACAGUAGAUGGAGUUAGGAGAAACAGACGUGCUGUGGAUGGAGGCAGCAGCAGAAUGGAUUUUAGACACCUAAAAGAAAGACCCACCAAGGGAAGGGUCGGGCUGGUGUCAACAUUACAAAAAGGUUUGAUAUUAAGCCACCGGACCGGACCGGACCGGUAUACAGAAUUUUACCACUAGGUGUCGCACUUGACUCAGCAGCCACUCCACCAAACCUCGGAGGAGUGGUCACUAAAAUGAGAAUAGCCGGACCACCUUAACAGCCCACCUUAAGUGAGCCUGGGCCCAAGUUGUUGCUAGCUUCAGGGCUAACCGGCUAACCCCCUUCACUUUAAUCAGCAGGUGGCAGCAAGACACGUCCAACAGUCUAAACUGUCCACACACUGUACUGCUACAUUCAGCUCUAACAUUACUGACAACUUCAGACUCACCGUCCGUCACACACACUCUGUCUGUCUCUCUCUCUCUGUCUGUCUCUGUCUCUCUCUCUCUCUCGCGGUCUCUGUCUCUCUCUCUCUCGCUGUCUGUCUGUCUGUCUCUCUCUCUCGCUGUCUGUCUGUCUCUCUCUCUGUCUGUCUCUCUCUCUCUCACUCACUCCCUCUGUCUCUCUCUCUGUCUCUCUGUCUCUGUCUCUCUCUCUCCCUCUCUCACACUCUCUCUCUCUCUCUCUCUCGGACCUCGGACUCGCUCACGUUACGGGCCGCCGGGCUUGCAACACACCGGCUGACAGUCCGUCUUGUCUCUUCACCCCAAAAGACACAUGAACUUUCUAGCAAACAAACACGAGGUGGGGCGUGCGUCUGUUCCCCCUCCGACCUCUAUUGAAUGUGAUCUCCAUGUUGGACGUGUCAGUUGAAGUCAACGACCUCGGCUCAUCAGACGCACACGUCCCGUCAGACACUCGUGGUUCCGUUAGUCCGUUUAUAAACCGACAUAAUAUUAUGUUAAUCAUGUUGUCAUAUUUCUUAUUACUGAAGCAGAACAACCUGGAUUUAGUGUUGUGAUGCCGUCGGCACAGGUUGCUGAAGUUCGGCUACUUUUUAAUUUGCCAGAAGGUGUCACAAUGACAUGCAGAAUCAACCAGGCGGCAUAAAAUCAAACCGAUGUUAGCGCGUACACCGGACCGGACCAGCAAAACCAGAAAUGGACCCAACUCGAGGCCCAACCUAAUCAGUUUAAGUGUACGCUAUAUUUAGUAUAUUUUCUCUGCUUUAUCCAGCCAUCAGACGGCCCCUUUCUGACGGGGAACUGAAGCCAUCAUCUACUGUAGGUGAUCCAGUGACUAUGGAGAAGUAGGCUACCUCCUACAAUGUGAACUAUCCAUUUAAUCACCUUCACCUUGGGAACAGUUCACAAAAUAAAUCUUAACUCGAGUACCAGGAAGUCCAUGAGGUGUGGUUUAAAGCAAUGAAAAAAAGCUAGUAAGUGGACCUUUAGUUGAGAUGUCUUACCCAACAAACUGUAUAUUUGUUCAGUAAUGAAUGGAGUUCUUAUAAGCUGAGAAAUGACAACGUUCUAGUCCAAAAAGAGCUCCAGAGGAAGCUGCUGUCCUUUAGUUUUUAUUGCACUAACACUGUGGAGAGAAUGACAUCGCUGCUUCCUGCAGCAUGAAUAUGAAUAUGAAUAUGAGAGAAGAAGUACUUCAGUCGUUAUAUCAUGAAGCAAAGACAACGCUCUAUUGUUUGUGUGACCAAAUGCCUUUUUGAUGUCCUUAAAUUGAACACAAAUGGAUUGAUGGGCCUUAGAAGGGCAGUUUGCCUCCAGACACCAUCGACUCUUUCAGCAAUACCUACUGCAGUUCACUGUUAUUACAUUUUAACAUUUAUUUUCCAUUGUUUUUUUCUUCUUUUUUUUUUAAAUGCCUGUCAAAGUCUGUUUUAGUUUCUUUUUAAUGUAACAUUUAGAAGCCAUAGAGAGGUGAGGAUUUAAAAUUCUCAGGAUGAAAUGAUAUAAUAUAACAAAGGUCUAAAUGAGACGAGACAUUUACUGACCAUGCAGUCCCGUCACAGCCAAGUUCAACGAGGAAUGUGCAAUUAUUGAUAAAGGAAUUACCGUCCACCUCUGAAUGUCAUGUUUUUCAAUGUGAAAGCUGUUGGGUAUGGACAGUUUGGAGCUCUAUAACAUCACAUUUUACAUUAUUCUACUCAAUUAUUUGUUCAAUUGAAAAAACAAAACAAAAGAUUUUCUUUAUUGAUUACAGCUUAAAAUUUGUAGAUGAUUAGUCAGCAGUUUAAAUGGAUUCUUCAGAUUUGAAGUGUUGAGACUCCAGCUGUCCAUACUGGAGAUGAUGAGUGUACUGAGUGUGUGUGUGUGUCUCAGGGAACCCCUCCGGUAUCCAGGUAGAACAGUGACCUUUGUUUGCCUUAAACGCGCCGUCACACUGUGGAUACGUGACUCCGAUAUAUGCAAGGCUCUACACUACUGUGGACUGUGUAAGACGUGAACAGCAGCAGUGGAUCAACGGAUGUUCAACUCCUGUCCAGACAGCUGAAGUUCAACUCACUACAAGCUGCUCUGUUUUUACCCUUUAAAUGGUUGUUUAGGUGACUGGAUUGAAAUGGACCCGACUGAAGGAUGAAACUAUGUCUGUGUGUAGAAUAAUCCUGAUUUAGGUCUCUAUAUCUGUAAUAUACAUUAAAUCACUGAGUUUUUGAUUAUUUAAAAAGAGAAUCAUAACCUAUUUUACUUCCCCUGCAAUAAUGUAUGUAGAUUCCUCCAUCUACACAUAUAGAUAUAUAUAUAGAUAGAUAUAUAUAAAGCAUUGUACUCCUUUUGGAAAUAAACUGUCCCAUCUGUU